AGUUUGACAACAUUACGAAGAAAAAUAUUUGAUGCUUGUUUUCAACGGUUGUUUAUGGAGUAAAAUGAAUGAUAAAAAAUGCAGAAUAUAAAAUCUAAUGAAAGCCAAAUGUCCAAAAAAUCUCCAAUGCUUCUAGAAGAUGAAAUCAAAAACUUGAAAGCCACCAACAAGGAGGUUACUCAGUUGAAUGCGGAACUUAAAAUGGAAAAUGGGUACCUAAAAGAUGCCUUGAACGAAGUAAAUAAGAAGUAUUUGACAACCAAAAUGGAUUAUAAUCAUUUGUUACAAGUUAUAGCCACAAUAACUAAGGCAUCAAUAGAAAACUUAUUGGGACUUUCAGAGUCUUUUAAUACAUUGCAAAGUUUUAUUCCACAAGCCUCUCAAACUAACACAACAGCACAGCUAAAUAACAAAUCAUUACAUACAACUCAAACUCAAGUAGUAAAACCAUCUGUUGUUAAUGGACAUGUUUUGCAAACGCCAACAAUAUCAUUAACUAGACUGUCUGACAAUGUACAACCAAAAAGAGUUUCAAAGGUUACUUCAAAAUCUACAGAAACAAUUGACGAAAAUCCUGACUUGCCUGAACAAACAAUUCCUGCAAUUGAAGUAACAACACCCUCAGAUGAAUCUGAAAAUGAGUUGUCAGAUAAUGAACAACAACAAAGUGAGAGAACAGCUAGUGAUGUAGCACCAGAAGGCCUUUCAACAAUUACUGAGUUAAGUGAAUCAGAAACCACACUGACAACUCAUAAUGAAUGUCCACAAAUUAAGCUUGGUUCAGUCAGAGAUGUACAAAUACUUCUAAGUCCACUACCAAGGACCAUGUUGGAAAGAAUUCAGGGAGAAGUAAGAAAUAUGAAUAAGACCAGCUUUUUAGAUAUAUCAAUGAAUGCAUCAACAGCAUCUUCUAUAAAUAGUGAUGAGGAUUCCCGAGUGAUUUUAAGACAAAUUACCAAUAACAAUCCAAAUGAAAUUCUGGAAAAUUCAUCGCAAAGUACCAAUUCGGAUAUGACGUUUUCAGAAAGUUUGAUAAAUUCAAUUCGAGACAAUAAUGAAUUCAUAGAUCCAUUUGAUAUAAAUAAUUUAAAGGAAAUGGCAUUGAUGAAAAUUGGAUUGCGAGUGAGAGAUUCAGAAUUUAAAACAUCAACGCCUAUUGGAUCAAUAUCGAUGUCGAAAACAAGAAGUGGGUCGUUGAUAAGCUUAACGCCUAAUUUUAUAACGAAAAGAAAAAUAGAGAAACGUGAAGACUCACCGGAAAAACGGAAACGUGGAAGACCAAAAUCUAAGGAAAUAACUGAAUCGCAGAACAUUGCAGUACCUCGACGACUUGACAUGGUUGAUGAAAAUAUAAGCUGCAUAAAAAAAUCACGUGGACGACCCAAAACUGUAGUAAAAGAAAAAGACAUUCACAUGUAUUCAGCUGAAUCACAAAAAGAGAGCUUGAAUAAAAUGCUGGUUACGAGUCCAGUGAGGCAGAGUUCCCCUGUUCUCAAAAAAAGUUCAAGGUCUCCUAGGCCCAAAAGAGUAAAUGUGACACCUGGAAAAUUCAAAGAACCAACGUUGAUUAAAAAACUUCGACGUCAAUAAGCAAUGGUUUUAAUACGUUUUACUUUACUGACUUUAUUUAUGACUUAUAUUUAUGUAUUUUUUAUUUUAAAUGUGUUUUAUCGUUUGCUAGAUGUAGACGACAGUUAAGUAAAAUGUGAUUUUAUGAAUGUGGAAGUUAUGUUUAAUUAAAAUUUGAUAUAGAACUGCACAAUUGAAAUGCUUAAGAUGGGCGACAAAACAAAGAGGUCCGGCCAUUUGGGUUGUCUGCAUACUCUUGUCUACGUGGGUGUUGUAACCCCUGGGCAUGGGCCCUAAAUGAUGUGCGUCCCUGAUUAGGACGCCCUGUUAAAGUAAUGAGUCACAUAUAUGUCGAUAAGUUUUUUUUUUAAUUUUUUGCAUAAAGGUGCAUUUUGUUAUGAAAUAAAUUUUUUAAAUUAUA